GAACAAAAGACGGUCCCAUUCAUUUAUACAAAGUCAUCACCUUACCGAAUCCGAAAUUCCUCCACCAUUAUUUUUUUUUCUUUUGUUUCGCUGAUUGUUCUCUCCGUGUCCUUUCAAAUCAUCCCACCAUCCACCCAGAAACUACCAUUCACCCACAAGAGGGAGGAAGGAGGAUCGAUAAUCUCUUCGUCCCUGAUUUUGAGAUGGCGUCGAAGCGGAUCUUGAAGGAACUCAAGGAUUUACAGAAGGAUCCUCCCACAUCAUGCAGCGCUGGUCCCGUUGCUGAAGACAUGUUUCAUUGGCAAGCUACGAUCAUGGGUCCCCCUGACAGUCCAUAUGCAGGGGGUGUUUUCCUUGUUACUAUUCAUUUCCCUCCGGAUUAUCCAUUUAAGCCUCCCAAGGUGGCUUUCAGAACAAAGGUAUUCCACCCAAAUAUUAACAGCAACGGGAGCAUUUGUCUUGACAUAUUGAAGGAGCAAUGGAGCCCUGCUCUAACCAUAUCUAAGGUGUUGCUUUCAAUUUGUUCUUUGUUGACGGAUCCCAAUCCUGAUGAUCCGUUAGUGCCAGAGAUAGCACACAUGUACAAGACAGACAGGAAUAAGUAUGAGACAACCGCUAGAAGCUGGACUCAAAAGUAUGCAAUGGGCUAAAAUGGUAUCUGGUGCUUGCGAGGGGAGGUCAUUUUCUAUUCAUUUUAUUUUUGUGUUUCAGUUGUGUAUCAAUGUUUGUCCUGUCUCCAAUCAAAAUGGGCUUAAGGAGGUCCAUAAUAACGAUUUAGCUCAAGGAAAACAUAUAUAUGUUGCGUUUCAAUUGAUGUAUGGAUAAAAUAUUAAAGUGGGAACUGUGCAAAUGUGUCCCCAAUUUAAUGUCAACUUAUGUACGCUCAAACUGUGAAUGUGUCCCAUAUUCUGUCUGACUUUGUAUCUGCUUAUGAAUCAAAUAUGACCUGUUCGUGAA